CCACAUCAACGUCUAACGCCUAGCCAUACUGUAUCCCAACUUAGUCUCUACCAGUGUAGAAAAUUACAAACGCCUCCAGGGCAGGUGCAGCCGGAGAUAUGUUUGGAGAAGGGCAGGUCCAUCUGGGCAAUGUCGGCUUCGGUAAGGGCGCCGCAGUCGCCUAACAUGCCUCGGUGAAGGGCGAUACCUUACCCGCCCGGAUUGUUACAAUACACAAUACACAUCACAUCAUCGAGACAGCCCGAUUCGAGCAGGCCGCCAUGGGCAGACAUGCCAACCCUGACAUAAGGCGCGCAUUCGAAGAGUUUCAGGACCAAGACACACCCUCGAAAUGUAACAAAGUACGCUGUUUGCAUUGCGGCUUCGUACGCGCGAAGAAUACAACGCGACAGAUCGAGCAUCUCCAAGACUGCCAGCGAUAUCUGACUUCGCCUGAGGCGCAGGCCCACCUUCUUGCGCAGGAGCAGCAACAACAACAGCAGCCGCCUCAGCAGAAUGGAUUGGCUAUAGAUUCGAAUAUGGCACCAGGCCCCAGUCAAAUACUGAGUGGACAGCAGCCCAAUCCAAACCUCCAAGUAAAUCGGCGCGGUCCCAACAGUAAGCGCACACGCGAUGGACAGCCUAUUGCGCCGAACAUUGCUAUGACACCCAAUGUUGCGCCUUCCCUGACGUCUCAUCUCUUGAGCAUCUGCUCAGGUCCAUUUGCGCAGGCAACACAGCGACCGUUCCUAUCGCAUGCCGGCUGUGGAUCACUAGGAGCAGGACCGCUGUCGCAAUGGCUAGUACAAGACGGACACUAUGCGCGAGGCUACAUACGCUUCAUAGGGCAGCUGCUGGCCAAGAUAAGGCUGCCGCAGACGCAGAACUCGCAGUUCCAUCCCAUGUAUCGUACCAUGGACCUGCUCAUCUCCGCCUUGAAUAAUAUGCGAAGAGAGAUGCAGUUCUUCGAGAUUACCGCGACCAAGUAUGGGCUGGCGCUGAGUAUGGACCCGCCUACGCCUAUCACGCGCGCCAUGCUCGAUCUUCUCGUGAGCGCAAGUAGUGCAAGCGCAUCACUUCUAGAGGGCAUGGUCGUGCUAUGGGCAAGCGAACAUUGCUAUCGCUCCGCCUGGCAAUAUGCCGCCUCCUUCUCCAAUACCCUCUCCAACACCUCCACUGACUCGCACAUCGUCGCCCUCCAUCAAGCCCUAAUACCGAACUGGACCUCCCCCGCCUUCAGCAAAUUCGUCGAGGCAACACGCGCACUCGUCGAUGAGCUAGCAAACAUCACAACCACACGCGAUGGCAAAGAGGAAAUGUCACGCUGCGAAGAGAUCUUCCGACAAAUGUGUUGGCUGGAAGAGCGCUUCUGGCCCGACGUCGACAACAUGGGCGAUAACAACGAGAGCGCGAGAAUGGGUCCACCAAUGGGCGGCCCCAUGAGCGCAGGCAUGGAGAACAACAUGCAUAACAACAUGCCCAACGGCCUGCCCGUUGCAAUGAACGGUAGCGGGGUACACAACCACAAUCGAAACAACAGCAUGCCAGGCCCUAGCAUGAAUAACAACGGCGUACCCACAAAUAUCCACGGCAACCCCGUAAACGGCCGAAACAGCAUGAGCGGCCCCGUGCGCAACGCGAGCAUCAAUGGCCCUAUCAAUGCGGCCAUUAAUAAACACGACAGCACACCCGUCAGCGAUAACAGGAAUCCCUUUGGUAUGCCCAACAGAGGCGGUAUGGACAAUGUUGGCCAAGGCUCAUAGUCUGAGCACCAGCUUCUGCCCCGCAUGGCUGCGUGGAAGCUUCGAAGAGAAACGUUGCAUCGUAUCGUUCUAUCUAGUCUUUUCCCCGACGACUCCUACGUUAGCGAGGACUUUGAUGUUGUCAGCAUAGGAAGGAAUUGGGAUGAGGAUACUGACUAUGUUAUUGUUCAAUAGGGGCUGGGCUAGGGGGUUAUCGCGGGGGGACAUUGCAUGAUUAUCGGAUGGAGUUCAUCGUGGAGUAUCAGAUACCCUGGUAUGGUUGAGGUAUGCGGUGAUACAGGGCGUUGAUAUAUAGUCCUUAAUGGAUCAGGCGCUCAGAUUAUGGAUUACGACGCAUCGUAGGCAGGUUGGAUGACACAGUAUCAGUAGUCUGUACAUUGUAAUUGAACUUUUCUCUACCA